AUGAAGCUGCUCACCCACAACCUGCUGAGUUCGCAUGUGCGGGGGGUGGGGCCCCGUGGCUUCCCCCUGCGCCUCCAGGCCACCGAGGUCCGCAUCAGCCCUGUGGAGUUCAACCCCGACUUCGUAGCUCGUAUGAUACCCAAAGUGGAGUGGGCGGCGCUUCUGGAGGCUGCGGACACCUUACAUCUGGUCGAGGUGCCCAAAGAGCCGAUUCAGGGAUAUGAGCAUGACGAGAGAUUUCUGAGAAAGAUGCACCACGUUCUGCUGGAGGUGGAUGUGUUGGAGGGCACCCUGCAAUGCCCAGAGUCGGGACGUCUGUUCCCCAUCAGCCGUGGGAUCCCCAACAUGCUGCUGAGUGAUGAGGAAACUGAGACUUAAAAGUGUGCCAGGCUCGUUUUUCAUUUUGUGAGCGUGUGUAUCUUUGUUUACGUAUAUCCUGUUCGCUACUUCUAUCCUGUGUAUCCCCAGCCCUUGGUCCAGCGACACACCAAACACACGGUGUUCUUGAGCUCGGUAUUAUAUAUAUUUUUCUCAUUAAAGGUUCAAAACCAAAAGCGGUUUCUCUUUGCAGCAAAUAUACAUUAAAAUAGAGUCUCUGUACAGCCAAGAGCUCUGGGCCCUGGCUUGCCCCAUGUCCCUGCGCCUCCCUGGCCAAACCCAAAAAUAAAUAUAGUGUUAUUGCUCUGCAGGGCAUAGAGACAGUGCUCUCCCUACCCCGUGAGGAGGCUGGGUGGGAGCUGAUGUGGGUGCCCUG